AUGUACCCACAUCCGGAGCUCAACAGCUACCUGCAAGGUUUCGGCGUUAAUUUCCCGAAGAAAGUUCUCAAUAGAGCUAUCGACAGAGCUAUGCAUGAGAAAGGCGCAGCUUGCGGCGAAUCCAAAUCGCAGAUAAUACGCCAACGACGUCUCGUCACUAACCAGCCGCGAUUCUACGCACCUCACGUCGACGUCACUCGUGCCAACUGCGCUUACCGACAGCUCGCGCUUCCUAAACUGAUGAAAGAUUUGAGCAGCGAGGACCGGCUGACAGUGAGGCAAGCAGUGACGACUCUGGCGGAUCUCGUAGUAGACCCGGAAACCUUGAUAAGAGCUCUAGAAGUCGAUAUUCUAGAGAGAUUAGCCGAUGUGUUGAGCUCGAGCGACCCGUACUUACGCGAGCAUGGAUUGCUGAUUUGCGCGACGAUGGCGAAUCAGGCGGCCGGAAGGGAUGCAAUCCGGCAAAACCUGCAGCUCAUGGCUAAUCUCGCCAAGUGCGUGGGCGAUCGUUUAGCCGCCGUGCGCUUACAGGCCGCCGUCACGCUGGAGAAUCUGUCCUACGAUUACACCGGUGAUUGUCCACCCCAUGAUCAGCUGGUCGCGUACGGAUUUGUCAAAUUAUUAACCGAGAGACUCGCGGAAGAGAAGCGCGACGUGCUGCAGGUCCGCCAUCUGAGCACGAUGAGGUUGCUACUGCUGCGGAGCACUUGUAAGAGCGAGGCGAUCGAAGUCGGAACUUUUGACAGGCUGACGGAUCUGCUGCACCGUCGCAGAGACCGGCAAGUUUUGCUCGACACCCUGUCUUGUCUGACGGUCCUCUGCGAAGAUCGCCAGGCCAAGAUCAAGGCGCUUUGCUUGCACGACAGACUCAAGUGUCUGCUGAACGACGAGGACGAGUGCAUAAACGCGGGAGCGGCUCGGCUGGCCUCGUUCAUCAGCAUAACGACGCCGGGCAAGCAGCGUCUACUAGACCUUAUGCCCGUGCUCCUCCGCAUGCUGUCCCGUCCGAAGAUCUCGCGAGGACUCCUCCUGCCUGUCAUCAAGACGCUGACGAAUCUCAGCGAAGUACCGCAGGGUCGCCGAACGAUGCGCGCCUGCGACGCGACGGUCGCGAACAUCGACGUCGCCGAGGAUGACGAUGUGCUCAACCAGCACAAACGCAGAUUGCUGGAUGUGAUUCGCUGGGAGCCCUGA